AUGGCAGUGAUUCUCAUCACUUUGGCAGUAUUCUUGGAUGGCAGCACAACAGCUGGCCAAAUUGGCAUGUCUUUGAACAUUGUCCUCGUCGCCAACUCGACGCUUUUAGCGCUUGUCACGUCUUGGACGAAUCUGGAGAUAUCUCUUGGUGCUAUAUCUCGUUUGAAGAUACUGGAAGCAGACACAGUAGCAGAAGAACAGUCGCCAUCUGGAGCAGAAGUCCCCGAGUAUUGGCCUUCACGUGGGGCGGUUGAGGUCCGUGACCUGACGGUCUCUUACGAAGAGACGCACGUGCCGGCGUUGAAGAACAUCAACCUAUCCAUUGAACCAGGUCAGCAUUUGGUGAUCUGUGGUAGGACGGGCAGUGGGAAGAGCACUCUCCUCCUCGCCCUACUCCGUCUUCUCAAUACCCAAUCAGGGGCCAUCGAAGUUGAUGGAAUCGAUUUGAACCAGGUUCCACUGUCAAUUAUACGAGAGCGAUGUUUUAUCACUGUCACGCAAGAUCCAUUUCUGCUCGCGCAGGCUAGUCUUCGUUUCAACUUGGACCCUUCAGAAACUCUUCCUGAAAGUGCCAUAAUGAAGGCACUUGGACGAACUGGGCUCUGUGGACAUUUCGACAGCAAUCCGGAAGCAAAGCUGGUAGACAUCCUGGACGACCCUCUUAGCUCGUUGCCUCACAUGUCAACUGGCCAAACCCAGUUGUUCGCCUUGACAAGAGCUAUCCUACGAGCCGAGCAUUCUUCAAUCAAAGGAAAAAACGCUAUUAUUCUUCUGGACGAAGCGACAUCCUCGGUUGAUGGGCUGACAGAGUCAACUAUGCGGCGCAUCGUGAAAGAGGUCUUUACGGAUAACGGACACACUGUGAUUGAGAUUACGCAUCGUUUGUCUGGAUUUGAGGGUAUCGCGAGAACUGGAGGACAGAGUCAACAAGUGAAAGCAAUUCUCCUUUCGCAGGGAGAGAUUCAGAGCCAAGGAAGAUUUGAGGAUGUGCUCAACUUUGGCAAGGAGCCUUAG